AUGGUAGCAGAAAGAUCAGAAUCGAACAAUCUACCAUGUGCACCGAACCGUGUCUUAUCUUGUCGGUUGCUCUUUAACGCCACCUAUUUAGUAGCGAUACGAAAGGGAGAGCGCUUCAAUGAACAAGAACUAGAGUGUGGACGAAAGCUGAUUGGUGCAUCCAUAUUUCGUGUGUUUGAAAACUAUCUAAAAAUUUCUGGUCGUGGUAAAGGUCGUGCAAAGGGUGACAAAUCAAAGACCCGUUCAAGCAGAGCUGGACUUCAGUUCCCCGUUGUUAGACUCCAUCGUCUCCUUCGUAAAGGAACUUAUGCUGAGAGAGUAGGAGCUGGUGCACCAUUUUACUUGGCAGCUGUCAUGGAAUAUUUGGCCGCUGAAGUUCUCGAAUUGGCUGAAAACGCCGCUCGUCACAACAAGAAGUCGAGAAUCAUCCCAUGUCACUUGCAAUUGGCCAUCAGAAACGAUGAGGAAUUAAACCGACUUCUCUCUGGUGUCACCAUCGCACAAGGUGGAGUUCUGCCUAUCAUUCAGGCUGUUCUUUUACCCAAAAAGACUGAAACGAAGGCUCAACUUUCAAAU